GACAGUUUGUUUCUAUUUAUGAACUAGGAAAAAUAUAUACAUACUUAUCAUGGUUAUUAAUCUUGGAAUAAAACGCAGAAGUAAAAAGUUGCUAGACCGAAUCAAUGAAUCAAGGACAACACAAUUAUUUAUUCUUACUUCACUUUUACAAGCCAUACUAGUAAUAGCAUUAGAAGUUCGAGUAUAUCGUCGUAAUGAAGAUACCAGUAGAAGUGUUAUUGUUUACGGCAGAAGAAUUUCAAGUUCUGCGGCUUGCCUAGAGCCUUCUUUACUGAGAUUAAACAAUAUUAUUGAAGAAAAUGUUAUCUUUAUUAUAUUUCAGAUAUUUCAAAUGUGGUUAUGUUUUAAUGCGAUCUAUAAUCAAAAUACAAUUCAAAUUAUUACCAUCGCUGCAGCUAAUUUUUUUUGUGCAUCUUUUGGCAUUAUUCAGAUGCUUGAAGUUCAAAAAUGGUACAAAGAUUUCGGCAAGACAUGUCAAAUUCCAUUGGAAAUAGAUUUUAAUCCAAGUUUUUCUUCGCUUGAUAUACCAUUAGUAGUAGUAUUAAUGAUAUUUGGCUUUAUUAUGGCUUUUCUAAGUUGGAAAUUAUAUCGACAAUUUGGUUGGAAUAUAUAUAAAAAAAUUGGUGGAGACAUUCAAAAACAAGCCAUGUUUAGGACGUAUUUAAUCUAUGUAAUGCUACUUAAGCUUGAUUUAUUCUUUAUAUUGGGAUUAGCUUUAGAGGCAUGUACAGUAUUUAAAAUAAAUUUAAGAGUCAAACCUACAUCUAUAAAACACAUCAGAUAUCUUCCAAAACCAUUUUAUUUGUUUCAUAUAGCAGUAUCAGGCUUAAUUUUUCUAAAUCAAAUAAUCGGAUAUCGUUCGGUGAAAAAAGAAAUGAAACUUGGUAUUAUAUAUGUAUGUGUAUUUUGGGUGGUUAUUAUUAUAGAUUUUGGUAUACUCUUAUAUUAUUCGAUAGGAAGUGUUAAGGAUAGUUGGUACUUUUUCAUUAUAUUUCUUAUCGUCGGAAUCAUAAUGACUCUUUUAUCAUUAAUUUGGUCUGUAUUCGUUUAUAAGAAUUUUGGACAAGGAUUACAAGAUCAUCUUGAUCAAAAGAAUAAAGAAUCAUCUGCCAAUAAUAAUAAUCUUUUACUUGUUUCAAAUGAAAAAAGAUGGUCCAUUGAGGAUUGAAAAUUAAUUUUUAUUAAAUUAUUUAAAUUAUUUAACUUAUGUAACAAAAUUUUGAAUAUAAAUAAAUUAAUUUAUUAGAGUUAAA